AUGGAGAACAAUGCACUGCAGCAGCAGCAAACGCCGGAGAGCGGGCGGCCCCCUAAGCGCGUGUCUCAAGCUUGUGAAGCCUGUCGGCGCAAGAAGUCGAGAUGUCCUGGGGAGAAGCCGGCAUGUUCGCUGUGUACACGGUUGAAGCAGACGUGUAUUUAUGCGGAUGAUGGCUCCAUGCCUGAGAUUAGGUCUGCGGCGAUUGAGAGGAGAAUGAAUGCUCGCUUCUCAGAGUUGGAAAAUAGGCUUGAAUCUCUGCUGAAAGCCAUACCUGGAACACCACCCACAAUACUACCGCGGACACCACUGGAAUCUCAUGCUGAUAGCUCUCGACCAUCACCUAGUGUAGUGCCAACAUCGAGAAGACGGUCUCUCGACAUACCCGAUGGUACCACUCCCUCUGGACUACAGAUACCUCAGGAGCCCAGUCGGCUGGAGGUAGCAGUGCCCAUUCUAUUAAGAAAAUGGAACUGUCAACCUAUUCCAUUGUUCCACCCUAACCUGGAAAAAGACUACAUGUCGAGAGGGUCAGAACUCCAGUUCGCUAUUCUAGCUAUGGCUGGCCGUCUUAAUGCACGAGGUCAAGAGGUUGACGACUGGUGUGAAGCCAAUGCUCACCGUGCUCGAGAGUUGGCAUUGGGCAGAGUGCUUGCUGGAGAUGUCAGGUUGAGUACGAUACAAGCGUUUGUCUUGCUAUCGUUCCUAGACUUCACAAACGACAACGGACAGCGAUCACACCUGUUUCUCGUCAAUGCCAUCUCUCUUGCUCAGACGUCUGGUCUUCUUGACCCGCAAGUUGUAAUCAAUAACUCAGUCGAACUUGAAGAACGCAGGCGUUGCUUCUGGAGUAUUGCCAUCAUGGAGAACAUGUUCAAUCUCCGGACACUGACGUUAGGCGCAAAAAGCAUCACAUAUCAUGCUUCGUUCAAACCAGUCAGCCCCAACGCCACUUCCAAAGGAGAGCUCGUCUCACCGUCGUCGCAAAAUAUCGUAGCAGACGGUCCCGUACCUGGUAUCAUCAUCAACACACUACCAAUGUUUGACAUAUUCAAGAAGGCUGCCAAGUAUGUCACCGACACCAAGAAUGGCGUUCUCCCGCACCCGCCAUGGCAACAGCAAUCAGACUAUGCAGCAAUUCAAGCAGAGCUUCUGGAGCUGGAGUCCAACUUUUAUCCAGAAUAUCGCUUCGAUAGGACGAAAAUGACACAGCACUCCAAAGAUGCCAUUGAGCAAAACUGGGCAUUCUGGAGUUGUUGGUUGGUGAAUCAGUUCAUGUAUCAUACGAUUCACAUGUUACUCAAUCAUCCUUUCCUGAUCUCACUACGAAUCGCUGCUGCUGGCAGAUGUCCAAGGACGUUCAGUCAAUCAUCUUCUGAUCAGGUCGUUGUACAUUCGAAUUGGAUCAUUCGAUUAUUGGAUCUGCUCGAGGAGAAGGAGGUCAACAUCUCGGAUCCAUUUGUGGCUUACUGUAUCUCUGUCGCAAACACGGUGUUUAUCCACUAUCGCAAUGCAGAGAUACAGAGCUUACGGCAGAACGCCGAGAAGGGACUGUUCAAAGGUCGACAAGAGCUCGGUGAGCUAUCAUGUUUGCUGAAGAAUGUCGAGCGCAUGAGGAAAGCACUAGACCGACUCGAAGCAAUGGAUACCUCUCGCCGCUCCACAAGCCCUCAACCCUCCGCCUCCAGCGGCACAAAACAAGACCUCCUCUGGGACAUCCUCAUCUUCCACUCCCCCUCCCGCUCUCUCACCUCCACUUCCUCCCUCUUCAGCCCUUCCUUCGCCAUCCCCUCCAACGACACCCUCACUCGCGACGCAGCCUCCAUGAUCCGCCCCACUCCGUCCACAGUCCAAAACAUCACUCCAGCAGAUGGUUUCCAUACCUCCACAGGCCCAUCAUCAUUCGCCAGACCUUCUUUGCCCACCCCUGCGACCGCGACUAGUAACUCUUUGGCGGCUGCUGUAGGAACGCCUCAACAACCUACGUUUAUGCCGGGGGUUGCGCAAUUCCCGUCCACCCCUGCGGACCCGAAUUACAUGGCCUUCAACGAUCAAAAUCUUGCCGCCAUCACGGAGUUUUUGGAUCAGAACUCCGGAAGGAUGUUUAAUGAGUGGUGGGAUUUUGGAGAUUUGUAA